AUGGAGCACCCCGUAGUCAAGUUUGGUGACCAAAAUCUAAAACACACAGAGGAACUAAAAAUACUAGGAGUCAUAUUCGACCGCAAUCUUUCAUUUAUCCCACACGCCAACUACCUAAAGUCAAAAACUUAUAAAAAUACGACUAGUCUCGCAGCGUUUUCAGGCCUCAAAUGGGGUAUCAAGCCAAAACAAUUUAGAGACAUUUACAUUAAAUCAAUAGAAAGAUCAAUAGUUUACGCGGCACCCGUAUUCUGGAAAAACAUGAAAAACUCGCAUUUGUUGAGGAAACUCAUCUCAGUACAAAGAAUCCCCAUGAUAAGAAUAACAAAAGCAUACAGAACAGUAAGCAACAACUGUCUCAAUGUCUUAACAAAUAUAAAACCAAUUGAUAUAACCCUAGACAAAGAGGUCGCCGCAUUUUAUGUCUUUCAAAACAAAGAAGACUACUCCAUAAAUGAAAAAGAAUACACUGCGGACAAGGUACAACAUCAAGUAGAUAUAUGGAAAAGCCAUCCUGCAAAACAGUAUGCAGUACCAUUUGCGACAAGCAACGAAACGCCAGAACAAACCCAGUACAAAAUAUACACGGAUGGAUCCAUAGCAAAAGGAUCAGCCGGGGCUAGUUACAUUAUAAUGGACAGGCAUGAAUCAGUCACAGUAAUGAAAAAGAUAAAGCUACCAAAUUACGCAACGAUAUUUGAUGCUGAAAUGAUUGCAAUCCAAGAGGAAAUAAAAGAAACACUAAGUUUCCCCGACAACACAACAUUCGCCCUCUUCUCGGAUAGCCUCUCCUCACUUAAAGCCUUAGCAAACCCAUACAAUCAGAACCCCAUCGUCCACGAAACGAAAAACCUAAUUAAAACACUCCUUCAGAAACAGAAACUCAGCAUGCACCAUGUCAGAAGCCACACCAACAUCGACGGAAAUGACCUAGCCGAUAAACUAGCCAACGAAGCUAGAAAAACUGGCAGACCAAUUGAAAUCAAAACAUCGAAAAAGUUCAUAAAAAAAGAAAUGGAGGAAGACGCACGAGAAAGAUGGGACAGGGCCUGGACGCAGAGCGAGGUAGACAUAGAACUCCACUCAUGGAUACCUUCAAUCCACCAAAUACCACAAUAUUUUCCAACCAACCACCAUCAAACACAGCUGUUAACCAACCAUGGAAAAUUUCCAUAUUACUUUAAAAAGAUCAACAAAACCAAAGACGCAAAAUGUAUCUGUGGGGAGCUGGCUGAAACACUUAACCACUACACAGAUAACUGCGCAACAACCCAGGAAUUGAGCAACACAUUUAAAACAACCCACCCAGCCGGCCUAACAAACGAAUCCAAACCUGACAUUGUAAGCGACGAAGAAAUAAUGAAAACUUUAGAAGCAUUAGUACAGCAAAUAAACAAAAUAACGAAUCCCAACUAAAAAAAGAAAAAAAAAAGGAAAAAAAAAGCUAAAAACUUUAACCACUAUCUAGAAGAUUGUCCAAUCUCAAAAAACCUUAGAGACAGAUUCUUAAAAUAUUUCCCAACAGGCCUCACAGAUUCAAACAAAACACAAAUAAUAAGCCAUCAAGACGCAUUCAAGAUUUUAGAAGAAAUUGUCAAAACUAUAAAUCAAGUAAAUCAAACAAUAUAAAUACAAUUCAAAUAUAACUGAGAAAGCAUAAUUAUAACUUGCAUAGACUAUUUGGGACACCUAUCCAACUAACUUGUUGGCACUCCCUUACUCAUAAGCAACAGCAUCUAAAAACGGGGAAAUUAGGGUUGGGACAAGUAGGCGAAGAAAAAAAAAAAAAGGGGGAAAUUAGGGUCGAGAGACAAGGGAAGCCAACUGCCCAGAUAGAGACUCCCAUCGGGCCGAUAGGGCGGAAACUUUAGAAGGCAAUAGGCCCUAAAAUAAGUGAGGGGCGCACCCUACCAACUCUCCCCCAUGGAAAGAAGGGAGGGAAGAAGGAAGGAAAAAAAAGAAAAAGAAUGUCUGGAAAAAGGAAAAAAAAAAGGAAAAAGAAACGACUGAAACAGACAGGGACAAUUAGGGGGGAGACUCCGGGGCCUCCCCCACAAAGAGAACGGAAAGAAACAAGUACCGAGAAAACAAGGUCAUGGCGGGGGGCAUCCACCUGACACCUGGGUGUCCCCGGUUGGGCUUCCUCGGCCCUCCCCGGGAGCCAGGAGCCGCCCACUCAUCCUUGGAGUGUUCCUCUGGGGGUGGGUCGCGAGUACCUUUAAGCAGGAUAGAAAGAAAAAAAAAGAGAAAGAAAUGUGGAAAGAAAAAAAAAAGACAGGGACCCAUUAGGGGGGAGACUCCGGGGCCUUCCCCAAACAAAAUAGAACGAAACGGAAUGAAAACAAAGAGAGAAGGAGGAGGUCACGGCGGGGGGCACCCACUUAAAACCUGGGGUCCCUGGUGGGUCCCAGUUCUCACCCCGGGAGACAGGGGCCGCCCACCCGCUCCUGGAGUUUCCCUCUGGGGGCGGGUCGCGAGAACCUCAGAGCAGGCUAGAAAGAAGAGAAAAAAAAAGAGGAAAAAAAAGGAAGGAAGAAAAGGGGGAAAAAAAAAAGUUUUUCUUUCUGGUCGGGGGCGGGAGGAGGGGGGCGCCCUCGCUACUAAGGACCAGGCAGCAAAAGAAACAACAAAGGGUAAUAGAGAUGGGGAAGGGUGAUGAGAGACCUCCGAUGGGCAGUGAGGCAAAAAAAAAAAAACAGAAAUAAAGAUAAAAAAAGGCAUCAAUAGGUAAAAGGGAAACUUGCCCAACCCUAAAAGACAGGAAAAAUAGAAAAAGAAAAAUGAGAGAAAAAGGAGAGGGGAUAAAACAAAAAUUAAAAAGAAGAGAAAAAAAAGGGGAAAGAGAAAAAAAAAAGAAUGGAAAAACAACUACUCUAUACCCAACUAAAUAUCAACCCAGCGGUCUAGCUAAAUACAAUAGCCAACAGACGCACAACACUAAUAAUUAGAUAACCCUAAAACCAAACCCCAACCGCAACCUCAACCACUAGAAUACACAUAAAAUACACCUCACACCUUUUAAACCGUAAAAAAUCCAACAAUUACUAACCUUAAAUACUACACACACAAAAAAAGAGAAAAUCAAUUAACUAAACAGCUCACCCCAACUAACUACGACCUUUCUAAUAUAAAACCCAAAGACAACCAACAUCAAAACCACCCCAAAAUAACUACGUAAAAGUGACAACCAAAAACUCGAAAAGAGCCACAAGACUACAUACCACCACAAAAUACAGCAAAGAAAACAAACACCAUUAACCUACAACAAAUCUCCAUAAAUAAUUCUUCAUAACAAGGAAAAGACGAAAACACAAUGUAUAGAUACACAAGCAUCGAUAGAAAUACCUACACAAGCGCACACACCCAGAAGAAAAAAAAAAAAGGGGGAGAGGGAAAACGGGAAAACAGAAGUAGAUAUAUACAUAAACUUAUUAAUUUUACUAACGCAAAGGGGGGGGAGGGGAACUAAUCACUUUUCCAAGUAUAUUUCCAGAUUCAGAUCCAGGCCCCAGAGACCGGAAGGACCCACAGAAAAAACGAAAAACGAAGAAAAAAAAAAAAAAAAAAACAGAAAACGCAUACAAUCAACAUUAGGACAAUAAAUGCCGCUGAUGCCGGCCCGUUCCCCUGGCUCUGGCAAGCUAGAUAAUUUUCCUUUUCUUACCAGAUCGGCUUACACUCAAAAAUACUUUUGGCGAUUGCCCGAUUCAUUUAUUUCUCGAUCGGCUUUAAGUCUGCAAUGCUCACGCGGGUGCAGACGGGGAACUUUUAUUUUUCUUUGAUUUACAAUCCCCACCCCAAAUCUGUCCCUAUCUACU